CGACGGGAAUGACACUCGUGAGCUCGGGCUGUCGUGACUACAUUGACCUGGGACGAGAGUACUGACUCGGUUGUGUGUUUUAUUCCGUUUUAUUAAUCAAACAUGAUUCGAAUUUUCGUGUUGAGCGUGGCUGUGUCUGUGGCUUUAGCAGAUCCUGUCACGAACUUCAAGGAUUGCGGUUCUGUAAGCGGCAAGAUCAACAGCCUUGACAUCACGCCAUGUGCCUCCUCAACCUGCCAGUUCCCCAGGGGAAAGAACGUCAGCGUCGUCAUCGCCAUCACCGCCAAUGCCCAGGUGACGCAGGCUAAGACCGUUGUCCAUGGCAUUAUCGACGGCAUCAAUACGCCCUUCCCGAUCAACCAGCCGGACGCCUGCGAAGACAUGACGUGUCCGGUCAACAGUGGGUCGAGUGUCACCUAUGAAAACUCCAUAUUCGUUCGGACGAUAUUUCCUGAGGUUGGUGCAAGUGAUUUGACAUUUAAAUAUUUUAAACAGUUAACCAUGCUUCGUGCUUUUGUGGUAUGCCUGAUUGCCGCUGUGGCGUUUGCCGACCCGGUGCCAAACUUCAAAGACUGUGGUUCUGUAAGCGGCAAGAUCACAAGCCUUGACAUCACGCCAUGUGCCUCCUUCCCUUGCCUGUUCCCCAAGGGAAAGAACGUCAGCGUCUCCAUCACCAUCACCGCCAGCGCCCAGGUGACGUCAGCUAAGACAGAAGUUCACGGCAUCAUCGCUGGCAUCCUGACGCCCUUCCCCCUGGCCCAGCCCGACGCCUGCAAGGAUAUGACCUGCCCCGUCAACAGUGGCUCCGACGUCACCUACACCAACCAAAUCUUGGUGCAGGAAGUCUACCCUAAGAUCCGCCUGGUCGUCAAGUGGGAAAUUCAGGAUCAGUCAGGACAAGACUUUAUCUGCUUCGAGGUUCCGGCGGAAAUCACUGAUUGAACAUGCGCUGUGCUCCAUACCGGAAAUGCCAUAGGCUAGUUCAGUCUAGGUAUAAUUUGAUUCUCUCGCUUUUGGGGCUUUAAAGACCCUUGGUUUCAGUGAAUUAAAAAGUAGAUUAGUGCUA